AUGUCAAAUCAAAAUAGAAAUAUCAUUAUCGAAGAUGAUGCAAGCCGCACCAGAGUAGUUGCCAUGGCAGUUAGAGAGGCAUGUGAAAUUGCAUAUCUAAAAAAGACACAACAAGAUUGGGAGGCUGCUUGCCAAGCAAUUUUAGAAAAUGAAUUAUUGACAAGAACAGAAAAAUCUGACUCACUUGAAUAUGAUGAAAUUUAUCAAAUUUUAACACAUCCUGAGUUAAACAAAGGCAUACCAUUAUCCACCACUUACAAAACCUAUUUCUGGUUAUGUUUCUUGUGUGGUUUUUGUGGUGGAGAUGCUCAAAGAUUAAAAUUGGUAAAUGUGGAAUUAGCAGCUAUUAAUGGACUGACAAUUACAAUUCCUCAUGAAAAAAACAAUGCCGAAAAUUUCUAUAAUAAUGUCCAAAUAAAUCUUCAAAUCGCACCAAAAGAUUAA